UUCCUUCAAAGUGGAAUAGCCAACAAAUCCCUAACUAAAGUUCGUAAUUUUUGGACGGUUUCUGAAGUUCAAAAUACGUCACAAUUUCCGGAAAGGUUGAUUAUCACUUGAAGUUCAUUGCAGCUAAUGAUUUAUGAAACAGAUGUGUUGUUUUUCAUGCAUAUUUAUUUAAAUCGUAGCAGACGAACUUUACUACGAGUUUUUCGCAUAAUUGGCAUUUAUGUCUGACGUGGUUUAGCAACCGACUAAAAGCUUUCAUGUUUUUUUAAUCAAGUUGUCUCAUCACAAUGGCUGUAAUACCCCCAGACAUAUGUUUCAACCUUGUGUUGAAUGGACUGACCAAACCAGCUGUGUUUAGAGGCAUGACCAGGUCGUGGUCAGCUAGUGGUUGGGACUUGAAGUCACUGUCCAGUCUUCUGGGGGACAAAGUGGUACAGUUUAGAAUUGGCCCAAAUUCUUGGGAUACCAAAGUGCUAUGGGAAUCAGACUGCUGUUAUGAGGAAGCCACAGUGCAAGAUUUCCAAGAAUGGUUAAACCAGGGAAAAGAAGGCCAUGCCAACAAUCCUUUGCUGAAGUAUUCUUCCAAGAACACUUGGGCCUAUGCUGACUAUAAAUAUAUGGCUGAAAUGUUUGCAGACCAACCUGAAGUGCUGAAGGCAGUGAGCUGGGAAGUGUUUGGGUUUCCUGACAGAGAUGGCGCUCAGAGUACACUGUGGAUGGGCAGCUGUGGGGCGCACACACCUUGCCACUAUGACACAUAUGGCUGUAAUCUUGUGGCACAGAUCAAGGGAAGGAAAAGAUGGUUCCUGUUCCCCCCUCACAGCACCCUCUAUCCUACCAGGGUGCCAUACGAGGAGUCCAGUGUGUUCAGCCUGGUCAAUAUAAAAUGCCCAGAUCUCAAGAAAUUCCGAGAUUUCAAGAACUGCCAGCCCUACAUAGUAACACUAAAUCCCGGGGAAGUGCUGUAUGUCCCCAAGAAGUGGUGGCACUUUGUAGAAUCUUUGGACACCAGUCUCAGUGUCAACACCUGGAUUGAACUGCCCAGUGACACAGAAGUCAGAAUGGAAGAAGCAGUGGUAAAAAUUCUGGUUUCUUCUGUAAUGCUGCAAACAGAGGAGGAUUCCACAUCCUGGUUAAAUCCCACUGAGGAACUGUCAGGCCAUUCCGUGAACAUGCAAUACCUAAACCAUGUGUUAGUUGAAGUCACUAAAUCUAGAUCAGCUGCAGCAAGGGUCCCGGGGCUCAAGAGAAAGUUUACAAAGUCUUCAGAGCUAGAUAGAAGAAAGCAAAAUGUCAACCAAGCAGUGGAAGGUAAGAAGUUCAAAAGGGGGUGUGAUGCAGAUGAGACCCCUCCAGUUUGUGUAUCCUGUGGUCUGGGGUUACCUUGGACAGAGGCAGGGGAUGGUCAGUUGUGUCAGUGUGAAAAUGAGCUUCCUCUGACUGGACCUGGUGACACAGAUAAAACAAGUGCAGAAAGAGAGACCUUGCCUUCUCGAAAUAUUAAAGAAAUAAAGGAAUCUGCAACUAUUUUGGGCAGUUCUUGUACUUGUACUCACCCAGGAAUGGGUAUUGACUGUGGAACUCAUUUUCAAGAGCAUAUAAAUGGAAGCAUCAUGGAAAUACUGGAAAAAUACAAAGAUCAUGUACAUUUAGUGCAACCAACAACAUUUGAAGAGUAUUUGGAAAUUAUCAAGCAUGGAGUGUUUGAGAGUUCGAGUGAAAAUGAGAGUGUUUUAAGUGAAAGUGAGACUGAGGCUAAAAAGGAAAGUGAAACAAAAGAUGAAAGUAUUACUGACAAGGCAUGUUUUACCAUGACAAGUGAAGUACAGUGUGACAAGAAAAUGUCAGUGAGGACUGGGAUGGACAUUGCUGAUAGAGAAAUAAGAGGACAAAUUGCCAGCAGGGUAACCACUGAAGAUUUUGUCAAUGCCAUAACACAUCCAGAUGCAAUAGCUUUAAUCUGUAAGCAUCUCAUAAAAAGUAAAAGUACUUAAUGAUUUUGAAAAGAAUUAAGAUAAAGAAAGGGAUUGAAAGUUUAAUGAUUCAGAAAUAGAAAUUCAAGGAUAAAGAGGGGUUAGUUGGUUCAGUUUUGAAAAAUACUUUUCAGUCUGUCAUUCAAUAUGGAUCUUUAUCAAGGCUUCUGUUGGUGUGAAUAAUGUUGGUGAUAUAUAGGCCUAGCAUGACAAAAAUAUAAUUGCAAUAAUGAUAAUAAAACCCUAAAAUAUUUGCUCUGCAUUAUUAUUUCUGAUACUGAUUCUAGCAAAUUUGAUAAGACAAGUUACAGGGAGUUAUGGCUACAGGGAGUACUGUGAAGUGUAAUGUAACUUAUGGUUUGAUCAACUGUUGUCAAAACUUUUGUCUAACGUUUUUCAUAAAUAGGAGAAAAAGUGGCCUGCUAGAUAUUCAUUAAGUUAUGCACAUGGUAAGACUUAAUAGCCUUAAAGGUUGUAGUUGUCUCACAGUGCAUGCUGUUGAGAUAUUAAUUGUUACAUUGAAGGCACACCUAACACAGUCAUGUUCUGAUGAAGACCAUGAAUGGUAUCAUUUCCAUGGGGAAUGUAUA